AUGCAUAGAAUGGCCGACGAACUCAAAACCUCAAGAAGGCGCGAACACCGGUGGAAACUGAUCCUCUGGAGUCCAAAAAACACCAAGGAAGAAGAAAGGAAGGAGACGAUCGAACAGAAUACAAGAUGGCCAAAGGAAUCACAUCCCGACGCCAUUGGCGCGCACACGAAAGAUCUCCGAAUCCACACGUUCAAAUCGCCUCAAACUUCACAAGGAGCCACAAAACAUAAGAUAGGUCGAGGAAAUCUUCACGGUUCGAGCUGUAGUCCAUACCAUCACCAUCCGGUCGACCAAAACGGACCAGUCUCGGCCAAAAAGGCGAAAAACAGAAAACCAAGGGAGAAUUGUCACAUUCAUCCAACCAAAUCCAACAGCUAUGAUGUUUGCACCAGUCAGUCAUUCCUGGAAGCAACUACAAGCGCACAACCGAUCUUCACAUCAAAGGCCAAAAAUUUGGGUACAAUUUUCUACAAACUCUAA